GUUCCAAGUCAACUUUCUUAUCCAGCUUAGUUGGCUGGGCCUCCUGAUCAUAUAUAGUCAUCCACUCUAUAAAUUUGUUCACCUUGUGCUGUUGAUCAACUCAUCUCAGGGAGCAUAGUUUCUUGACACUCCUCCAUACCAUCUUUCAGUUUAAUGGCGGUAUAUAGUGGAAACCCCUUCUUCAGCUGCACGAAUUGCAAAAACCCUGUGGCGCUACGUGAAGAUCUUUUGUCGAAAAAAUUUGUGGCAAAAUCUGGGGCAGCAUACAUGUUCUCUCAUGCAAUGAACGUCAUUGUGGGGCAAAAGGAGGACAAGAAAUUGAUCACUGGUGUUUUUUCUGUUGCUGGCAUACAUUGCAGCAAUUGUGGCCAAGAGUUAGGAUGGAAGUAUAUUCGAGCUUAUGAUCCGCAACAGAAGUUCAAGGAAGGCAGGUUUAUAAUCGAGAGAGCAAAGAUUGUCAAGGUGUACUACUAGUGUCACAUCAGAGAGGAACAAGGCAACACAUAUUACUACUGAGAAUAAUGUCAUUACCAUUUCCCAUUUGGAUGUUUAGUGUGCCUCUGUAAAUAUUGUGUCUGCUUAUUGGUUCUGCUUGUUUUUGCAGUACCUGAUGUGGUGUAAUGGUUAUCUGAGCAAUAAGAUUAUGUGCUAUAUGUACCUAAAGAUGAAAUUUGAGCUUGCUACUGCAAUUUCUCUUAAUUAUAUUGAGUGAGACUGCUGCUCACCUUACCUGACUU